AAGUUCGCAUUCAAAAUGGAUCGUAUUGCGAUCGCAUUGUACUUGGACAUGGCACUCUGCAUUGAUGGUGCAGUCGAUAUGCUCUCGGUGUCGUUGAGUGGCAGGCGAUCCCUGCAGGCACUUAUGAACGCCAUGGGUGGCGAGUCGACUUUAGAAAAGCCAAACGUGGAAGCGUUGUUUUUUGAUAAUGAGUGGCCUUCUGUAUCAGAUUCAGAUCUUGCCCAGCAGGCCUGG